CUUGACCUUUAGUCACAGAAGCAAUACAGAAAUCACAAGUAUAAAACAAUCAACAUACUUAAAAAGGCCAUGAACAUCAAGACCAUGAGGGUAACGCUUCUCUGCGCCCAUGCACAAUCCAUCUCCAAGGGUUUGAAAUCCGUCACCCUGCUAAAUAGGCCUUACAUGUGGGAGAACACGAGUCAUGCCCACUACUCGUUUUCGCGCUGCAACAUGUUGAUUGCCUUCCCACCAUAGCUUGAAAAACGAGAGUGUACGUAUGUAGAGUGUAUGUAGUUCCUCUAUUGUCCACGACUUCCUUGCUUCGUGGAUUGACUUACUGACCUUUAAUCUUUCGUUUGGAGAUACAUGUAGCUGCGACAACAGUCCUGAGAACCGAGUCAUUCAAGAACUCUCUGUGAUAGUUCGGUUAACGUAAGAGCUCAUUUACUUAGCAUACCUUGAACCUAGAAGUCAUGGCGGUGAUUUCAAUCUUGAUUAUUGCUGUCACACUCUUGGCUUGUGAUUUCGCGCGCAGAACAAUCAGACACUACUUUGAGCCUUCCUUGAGCCGCAGUUUGGUCUUGGACUUUGUCAUUACCAUUGAAUUGUGUACGGGCUCUUUUGAGCUCGGAGUGAUUUUGGAAAAUUAUGGAGUUUGGGUUUGGAGUGUCGGCCUUUAUCUCCUAGCCUUUUACCAGUGUUCUCGGUGGCAAGGGUUCACCAUGCCCACACCUCUCCUACAUUUUCUGGAUAGCAUCACCGGUCAUGCAACUUGGAAAGAAGCAGCUAUGAGGACUCUCGUUCUCUUGGCCUCCGGAUGGAUGACAUAUCAGUACAUCAGUGCUGUCUGGCGAUUGGAGCUCUCCACUUUUCAUUCUCAAAGGCCUGAAAAGGUGGCUGCUUGUUCGAUUCCUUGGAAAGAACUAGAGACCUACAAGUGUUUUCUGGCCGAGGUGAUUGGCUCCUUUGUCUUGGGUAUUGGCCCCCAACUAGUUUCGGAUAAUCCAACCCUUUCCAAUAACGAUCCUGUCGUGACUGCUGGGAUCAAUGCAGCCUUGGUGACGGUCACGGUCGUGGCUGUACUGGAUAUUUCUGGAGGCAUGUUCAACCCCAUGUUAGCCUCAAUCCUCUUGGGUGGUUGCACUGGUCACUCCUGGAUUCAACACAUCUUGGUUUAUUGGAUUGGUGCAGCCUUGGGAACUUUGGCAGCCUUUAAGGUUUAUCCUACUAUCAAAGAGAUGGUUUACCCUGUUCACUUUCAAAUUGGAGAAGAAACAAAGAAAGAUCUUUGAAUGGAAAGCUGGUUUUGGUAUUGUAUUUUUCACGUAUUAUCGAUCAAAUAAAUUUUAUCAUGACCUAGU